AUGCCGGAGGACAUCUCCGAGGAGGCUCCGUGCGCCAAAAUCCUGGAGUGGUGCUGGGGCUUGAUGGACCGCCCCGAAAACAUGCUGUCCACAUCCUUCCGGCCACAGUCCUGUCAGCGAGCCUUUCUUCGGCGGUUAACCAAAGACGAGUUUUUGACCCCCGCCACGCUGAGGGACAGAUUUCAGCUCAACCUAAUGCCUCCGAGGAUCCGCUUGAAAACCGACCAGAACCUGUGGCUGCGGAAGCGAGAAGUCAUGCGGCAGCUCCGCGACCAGAAGGGCUCAGGACCUUUCCUGGCUCGGAACCAGUUUCGCAUCAUGCACUCCCGUGCCAAGGCAUGCCCUAGCAACGGAAGUUUUGCCGAGACUGGUCCCGGUGCCAGGAAAGUCUUAAACCUGCUGAACGGCCUCGCACACCAGUUUUCCUUGACCUCUUCUUCCCAAGAGGCCUGCGACUCCUACAGCCACCUGCUGCUGCAGGCGCACAAGAAGUUUCUCGCAGACUUCAAGAAACGAAUCCGCGAAGCAGAGCAUGACGAUGAGGUGCGGUGGCUUGAAGCCUUCCAGCUGGAGAUGCAGGACGUCGACAUGUUCGAGUUUUUCUUAUGCGAGUGUUCCAAGAUCCUCGUAUACCUCAUUCAGGGACAUACCCGUUACUUGCGUCAGAACCGCGGCGCAGUGGACGAUGAGCAGAGCGAGACUCCCUAG